AUGCCAAAAAGGAAAGCAGAAGAUCUUGAAGAUGGAGCAUCGCUUCAUGAACCCCGACGAUCAAGCCGCCGUGUAUCAACACCAAAGGAGCAGCAAACUCCAAAGCCAAUAGCUAAAAAGGCAGGAAAGGUAAAAAAGGCGAGAAGCGCGGGAAAAGAGCAUGAUGCAGAUGUCAAUGGGAAAGUUGAAGAGAGCGAGGAACUUAAACCAACAGAACCAGCCAAACCCACCAAAAAGGCUUCAUCAACUCCUAAAGUCGAUGAAGUCUCGACAGGCCGUCAAUACUGGCUGAUGAAAGCCGAGCCCGAAUCACGUUUCGAGAAAGGCAAGGACAUCAAAUUCUCAAUCGAUGACCUAGCCGCGAAGACUGAACCGGAACCUUGGGAUGGAAUUCGAGCAUAUCCAGCACGCAACAACCUGCGCUCCAUGAAAAAGGGCGACUUAGCCUUCUUCUACCAUUCUUCUUGCAAGAUUCCCGCCAUAGUAGGCACCAUGGAGAUUGUACAAGAGCAUACUCCGGACUGUACCUUUUACCUUAGCAUCCUCCUCUCUCCUUCGACUAACAACAGCACAGUAUCAGCACACGAUUCCUCAGCGCCCUACUAUGACGCAUCUUCCAAAGCCGACAAUCCCAAAUGGUCAGUCGUGCACGUGGUUUUCAAGCAAAAGCUAGAAACGCCCAUCACGCUCAAGGAGCUGAAGGCUUGGCAACAAACAAAGGGCAAUCCGCUGGAAGAGAUGCAGAUGUUGAAGCUGGCGCGGAUAAGUGUUAGUAAGGUGCGGGAAGAGGAGUGGAGAUUUUUGGUCGAGGAGAUGAAGGAGAGGGGUGAUGUUAUCAGGGAAUGA